AUGAGCUCCACCCACGACGCAGCCGAAGCGCAGAAGACACUCGGCAACGAGGAGUUUAAUGAAAAGAACUUUGACAAAGCAGUCGAGUGCUACUCAGAGGCCAUUCGUCUGAACCCGGAGAACUUCGUCUACUAUUCGAAUAGAAGCGCCGCGUACGGAGCUGUAGCCAAGUGGGAUCUGGCCGAACAAGAUGCACAAGAGUGUGUGAAACGCAAGCCCGAGUUUGCCAAGGGCUACCACCGUCUCGCCAAUGCGCAGCACCAGCUGGGCCGCAAAAAAGAGGCAAUUGAGACGCUUCAGACGGCGCAGCGCGUCGCAACGGAUCCGGAGAAAGUGCCGGGUAUAAAGAAGCUGUUACGUCAGCUGCAACAAGAACUGGCUCCCAAGAGCACGUUGCCGCUGGAAGGUGGGAAUACCCGUCAAGUUCCUGGACAUAUUGCCAAGGAGCUGCAGGAGCUGCAACCGCAGUUUCAAAAGAUUGAACGAGAGUCGGAACAGAUUGACAUGAAGCUGGCUGCGUACAUGCGGCAGAAGAAACGGCUGGCGCUGGUGGAGCAGGAGGUGGCCGACCUGCCGGAAGGGACGAGGACGUACCGCAGCAUUGGGAAGAUGUUCUUGCAGACUGAUCGUGACGAGAGUACUGCAAGUAUCAAGGACGAGGAGAAGCAAGUGGACGGACAAGUGUCGUCGCUCGAGGCGAGAAAACACUAUCUGAACCGCCAGAAGCAGCUCGUGCAGGACAACAUGACGGAACUCCUGGCUCAAUGCACCUAG